AUGUACUGCUGGGGUAGUACUGUUCAUGGCGAACUGGGCUUGGGCGGAAUAGAACAUGAUCAAAUUUUUGCACCUAUAGAGCAUACAUUCAAAUAUGCAUCUAAUGUAUCCCAAGUGACUAUGGGAGAAAACCAUACUGUGAUGUUAACUAAAUCAGGGGAAGUUUUUUCUUGUGGAAAUAAUGAUCUUGAUCAGUUGGGUCACAAAAAACAAAGAACAAAACCAGAAAAAGUAGAAGGGCUUGAUUUUUAUAGGAUAACUAAAAUUUCCUGUGGUGGAAAUCACACUUUAGCAUUUAAUGAAUGGGGUCAACUUUUCGGUUGGGGUUCAGAUAGCCAUGGACAGUUAGGUUUUAAUGGUACAACACAACCAUUACCAAAAAUUAUAAAAAGUUUAGCUACAUUUCACAUUGUGCAAAUUUCUUGUGGCAAAAAUCAUUCUUUAGCUCUGACUAACAAUGGGGAAUUAUAUUCUUGGGGAGGAAAUUAUGAUGGGCAAUUAGGUCUAGGUAUGCGUUCAGAAUAUGAAAAGCAACCAACACUUAUUAAAUCACUUUUAGGAAUACCCAUUGCUUUUAUCGCUUGCGGAAGUAAUCACAGUUUUGCUCUUUCUAAAUCAGGAGCCAUUUAUGGUUGGGGUAAAAAUACAUAUGGACAGUUAGGUUUAAACGAUGAAGAAAAUAAACUGCACCCAACUCAAUUAAAAACUCUCAGAUCAAUACGGGUAAAAUAUAUAGCAUGCGGAGAAGAUUUUUCUGCUUUUCUUUCUGCAGAUGGGGGUGUUUUUACUUGUGGAGCUGGCAUGUACGGUCAAUUGGGACACGGUUCAACCAGUAAUGAAAUAUUACCUCGUAAAAUUAUGGAAUUGAUGGGUAGCACUGUUACUCAAGUUUCUUGCGGAAAGCGACAUACUUUAGCAUUGGUUCCGUCUCGUGGUAGGGUUUACUCAUUCGGCUUAGGAGGUGGCGGCCAAUUGGGAACGAGAGUAAAAACAAAUUGCUCCACGCCACAAGUUGUUUUAGGACCUUGGGUGUCUCCUUCUGGGGUUCCAGUUAUAACCGAUAAGAAAAAAACAUCGGAAAAUGUUUUGGUUACGCAUAUAUUUAGUGGAGGAAAUCAAAGUUUUGUAACUGUUGUACCUUACAAAGCAAACAUACAUCCAGAAGACAAUCGAAUAUUCAAAGAAAAAACUCAAAUACUGACCAUAAAGCCCGAUAAAAUUUCACAAUGUCGUAAAACAAAACCUGGUGAUCCUGUCGAUGAAGAUUUAUUUUUGUAUAUGGAAACAGUUUUUCGAAGUCAAGCAGCUAUAAAUGGCUCAUUUUUAUUAUCGAACGACGACCAUUAUUGUUGCACCGUUAAAAAUCAUGGCGUGGACUUAAAUAAAGCUGAAAAUAUCUUUAGUGAAAUUGCCAGAAUAGAAAAUCAAUCCAUAUGUGAUUUAAUAUGGGACGGUUUAACCGAACAUGUGAUACCCUCGUUACCGCUCAAUCCUGUAGAUAUAGAAAGCCUUAGAUGUUAUUUAAUAUUGCCUUUAUACCACCAAUUCGAAAAUCCCAGAAACUGUGAUAAAUUGCAAGCCGUCUUUGGUAAAAAACUUUUAGGAAUAAAAUCCGAUUGUUCGAAAAUAAUUGGUUUGUGGUGGUCCGUUAUGACGUCUGAUUAUUUUGAACGUCUAGUCAGAUUGUAUAAAGAUGUUGUUUCUUACCAUUUGAGAUCUUUAAAACCGGAACAGGAGAAUAAAUAUUUUGCCGAAUCGACAAUUGUAGCCCUUGACGUAUUGGCUUUUUUAAACGGAUUAAAUAAUAGUGUAGAAAAUUUAAAAGUGCCUUACGAUACAUUUUACCUUCCGGAACUAAGAGAUGUGAUUGAUGUUCGUGUAGACUACGUAAAAUGGUUGGCGGAUAAUAGCGCACCCGGUACAAAAUUAUUUUUCUGUAAUUAUCCAUUUCUUUUUGAUGCCGAAGCGAAAACUUCUUUGUUGCAAACAGAUCAAGUUUUACAGAUGCAAACAGCGAUGUCUCAAGCUCUUCCCCGAUUGGUAACACAAUUAUUUGCUCCUUUUAUCGGAAUGUCGGGAGAACAAUUUUUAACUCUUCACGUCACGCGAGAAAACAUUGUUCAGAAUACAAUCGAUCAAUUGGCAAAUUACGAUUCCAGGGAUCUUAAGAAACCGUUGAGGGUCAAAUUUCUCGGGGAAGAAGCCGAGGAUGCCGGAGGAGUCCGUAAAGAAUUUUUCAUGUUGGUUCUUCGGGAAGUUCUCGAUCCAAAAUAUGGAAUGUUUAAAAAUUACGAUGAAACGAGAACGAUUUGGUUCAGUGAAGUUUCGUUCGAAGAUGAAUUAAUGUAUUUUUUAAUCGGUCUCCUUUGCGGUUUGGCCAUUUAUAAUCAAACGAUUAUCGAUUUGCCGUUUCCAUUAGCAUUGUACAAAAAAUUAUUACACGAAAAAGUAACCCUUAAAGAUUUAAAGGGUCUUUCGCCGACUCUUGCCAAGAGUCUUCAAGAUCUUUUAGAUUACACCGAACCAGAUUUACCGGAUGUUUUUUGUCUUACGUUCGAUAUAACGAGAGAUAUAUUUGGUGAAAUAAAAUCUAUGCCGUUGAAAGAAAAUGGAUCGAAAAUAAUCGUCACGCAAGAAAAUAAAAAAGAAUUUGUGGAUUUAUACGUUGAUUUCAUAUUAAAUAAAUCCGUUCAUCAGCAUUUCACGGCAUUUUUCAACGGUUUCCACAAAGUUUGCGGUGGUAAAGUUUUAGGUUUGUUUCAUUCGCAAGAACUGAUGACUCUGGUCGUGGGCAACGAAAAUUACGAUUGGGAAGAAUUCGAAAGAAAUGCAGAAUACAAAAAUGGAUACACGAAAAAAGAUCACACGAUAAAAUUAUUUUGGGAAGUUUUUCACGAGUUACCCUUGGAAGAGAAGAAAAAUUUUUUGUUAUUUUUAACGGGGAGCGAUCGGAUACCAUUGCAAGGAAUGAAAGCCAUCACGAUUUACAUACAACCAACCAAUGACGAGAAAUACCUUCCAGUCGCUCACACUUGUUUCAAUUUGUUAGAUCUACCUCGUUAUAAAACCAAAGAAAGGUUAAAAUAUAAACUCUGUCAAGCCAUCAAACAGAAUCAAGGAUUUUCACUUGUUUAA